UGUUGUGGCACGGACACCGACACAACACACACUCAUCUUUGGCUUUUUAUGCGUUUCUCAUUCAAUGUUUCUUCAUUCCUCACCCCUUUCCAUUGCACCAAUUCAUUUCUCCUUUCUCUUCUGCUCUGAGCAAGGAGUAACUUAGGCGAUGGCUGCUGCUCUACCAACUGCAGAGAUUUGUGACACAAACGCAACGCAUGUAGCAAGUGGUGAUGUGAGGGUGAUGCAUCCAGUGUUCCAGAUUUAUGGUCAGUCCCGGGCAUUCUCAGGUCCCAUUGUUACUGUAAAGGUCUUUGAAGACAACGUGUUGGUUAGGGAACUUCUUGAGACCAAAGGAGAAGGAAGAGUUUUGGUUGUUGAUGGAGGAGGAAGCUUGAGGUGUGCCUUGUUUGGAGGGAAUUUGGCGCAGACGGCACAAAACAUGGGUUGGGCUGGGAUUGUAGUCAAUGGCUGCAUUAGAGACGUGGAUGAGAUCAAUGCAUGUGACAUCGGCGUCAGAGCCCUGGCUUCUCAUCCGCUCAGAUCCAACAAAAAGCGAACCGGUGAAAAGCAUGUCUCUGUUUAUGUUGCUGGCACAUUUAUACGAGAUGGAGAAUGGUUGUAUGCAGAUAACGACGGCAUCCUCAUAUCAAAAUAUGAGUUGUCAAACUAAAACACUAAACUGUAAAAGUUUAACACUGUUGCCACUUCGAUGCUUUUUCAGCUUUGAAUCUUCCAUGUCAGGCUCUUCUUGGUUUCAUUUCGGGAAAAAGAUAUGCUUGGUGAAUAAUUUUUUCAGAAUUUCUUGUGUAGACCUGCCUAACACUCUUGUUUUAAAAAAGUGGCAUUAUGCGAUUGCCUCUGGAGAAUUUCAUCUUUUUGAGGGGGAGAGGAAAGGAAUUAAGAGGAAAAGUUUAUUCCUUUUUGUUUUUUUGUCAACUGGGUCGUUGUGAAAAAGUUUAUCUUAAAAGCAGACGAAAUUUCAACGGUCUUGAACAAACCCAAAUAAACCACUGGAUUUGGUUGAGUGUGAGUAAAGGCACCUAAACGACGAUAUAUUACUAAUCGCGCCUCUGUUUUGCUAGUAAAAAUAGCUUGAAUAGUUCUUUCGUAAUCGGAGGAAGCGGUGCGGUCCCAUAUUGGACCAAAGGCGACGUAGAAUAAAUGCAAAAAUAGAUUGAUAACACACAUUGACAUGUGUUUAUCGUGAUAUAUCUCAUAAUGAGAACUAAGUUCCAGUACAAUUAAGUGUUUAUUUU